AAGCAUUCUCUCGCCCCUUCUCUUCCCUUCUCUCUCUCUCUCUCUCUCUCUCUCUCUCUCUCUCUCAUGGCUUCUGUACGAAUCCCUCCCCCUCAAGUCCUCUCUGUUUCUUCCAUGAAGUCAAAACCCUGAUACUUCUUCUUCUCCUCCACAAAAAAACAAAAAACAAAAGUCAAAAAACGAAUAGAAGUCCACAACCAUGGCUCGACGAGCCUUACCGAUCCUCAAAAAACUAUCUGAUCCCACCCACCCUCUCCCAGGGUUAGGCCGGACCCGGUCCGUCACCUACAUGCCCCGACCCGGAGACGGCGCCCCGCGACCCGUAACCCUGAUCCCGGGCGACGGAAUCGGACCCCUGGUCACCAACGCGGUCGAGCAGGUCAUGCAGGCGAUGCACGCGCCGGUGUACUUCGAGCGGUACGAUGUCCACGGGGAGAUGAAGUCGGUGCCGGCCGAGGUGCUCGACUCGGUGCGGAAGAACAAGGUGUGCCUGAAAGGAGGGCUGAGGACGCCGGUCGGCGGCGGGGUGAGCUCGCUGAACGUGCAGCUGAGGAAGGAGCUCGAUUUGUACGCGUCGCUGGUGAAUUGUUUUAAUUUGCAGGGGUUGCCCACGCGGCACGAGAACGUGGAUAUUGUUGUGGUGAGAGAGAAUACGGAGGGGGAGUACUCAGGGCUCGAGCAUGAGGUGGUUCCUGGUGUCGUCGAAAGCCUUAAGGUGAUGAGCAAGUUCUGCUCAGAACGGAUUGCGAAAUACGCCUUUGAGUAUGCUUACCUCAACAAUAGAAAGAAAGUGACUGCUGUGCAUAAAGCCAACAUUAUGAAACUAGCUGAUGGUCUGUUCUUAGAAUCCUGCCGAGAGGUCGCAAGCAAGUACCCCAGUAUUAAGUACAAUGAGAUUAUUGUAGACAACUGCUGCAUGCAGCUUGUUUCGAAGCCCGAGCAAUUUGAUGUCAUGGUUACUCCUAAUCUCUACGGCAAUCUAGUGGCAAACACAGCAGCUGGUAUUGCUGGAGGCACUGGUGUCAUGCCAGGAGGUAAUGUGGGGGCCGAUCAUGCUGUUUUUGAGCAAGGUGCUUCAGCAGGGAACGUGGGAAGCGAGAAAAUCUUGCAGCAAAAGAAGGCAAACCCGGUUGCAUUACUUCUUUCGUCGGCCAUGAUGUUGAGACAUCUCCAGUUCCCUUCAUUUGCUGAUCGGCUGGAGACUGCCGUGAAACGUGUGAUUGCAGAGGGCAAGGUCCGGACUAAAGAUCUCGGCGGGGACAGCACCACCCAAGAGGUUGUUGAUGCAGUCAUUGCAAAUCUAGACUGACCUUCUUAUGAAUUGUUGCUCGUUCCCGGUGGAGAUCUAUCCAUACCCCGGCAUUCUGUUUCCAACAUUUUUUGUAAUCCAAAUUUUUUUGAGCCGCAGCUUUUCGGAGAAUGUUGUUAUCCGGAAUAAAGCGAAUUGUACUAGUACAUACUAAGCAAAUGUAGUUUUCCAAAAUAAAAA